AUGUCCUCAAAGCCAAUACCAACAGACUUCCCGGUAUACGCCUUCCCAACUACCAAAGAACUAGAAGAGUUCUUCGAGCGCGAGCACAAAACAGCCCCCGCGUUCUACCUCAAAUUUGCCAAAAAGUCCUCCGGUAUCCCGUCAGUAACAGCAGCCGAGGCCGUAGAAACAGCACUAUGUUUCGGGUGGAUCGACGGCUGGGUGAGAGGAAUCGACGACACAUGGUGGUUGGUGCGAUAUACGCCUCGCCGAGCUAAGAGUAUAUGGUCUCAGAAGAAUGUCAACACAGUCGCCAAGUUGAUUGAAACGGGUCGAAUGCGCCCUGCGGGGUUAGCUGCUGUCGAAGCCGCUAAAGCUGAUGGGCGUUGGGAUCGCGCUUAUGCUGGACCGUCAACUAUUGCCAUCCCUGAUGAUUUUGCUGCUGCAUUGAAGGAGGUGCCGGAUGCAUCCACGUUUUUGGAGACUCUUAAUAAGUCUGAUCGGUAUGCGGUAUUAUGGCGUGUUCAAACUGCUACCCCGACAGCGCGGCCAGGGAAGAUUGAGACUUUGGUGCAGAUGCUCGCCGAGAAAAAGAAACCAACGACGUUUACGAAGUCCACAAAGAAACGCAAAGGAGAACCCAAAGAUGGCAAAAUUGAAGAGAUCGAGAAAAGGGAUGUCAAAAAGGCAGCAACGAAGCCAAGACGCCGUGGACUUCGAAGUGAUCCUGAUUUUAAUCAAUGA